AUGAGUGAGCUGGGACCUGCUACUGUACCUCGCCCCCUUGCCGAUCAGGUCUCACUCCUGCCAGUGGCAUACGAAAGAGAAGAUACUACUCUGGAGCGGGCAAAUGGCGCGACGCAGGUACCGACCCCCCAACCGUCCUUGCUCCGGUCCAUGGAACCCCCUCGCCUCGCUUCGCUUCGCCGCACAGAAGCUCCCGACGUACCCCUGUACCGCUACCGUACCGCCACGCCGGGUGGCGAUCCUGCCUGCUCUGAUACGCCCAUGACCCUUGCACCGCUCCCAGGCCCCCUCGCCCUGCCCUGCCGGUCAGCGCCUCGCCCUCGACCCGCCAUGUCCGCGGGGGAGGGACUACACACCACCACCUCGGCACCCGACCGCCCUCGAAGCUACCCUCCCGUACCGUGGCAGGCCCAUGAUCUUCCAUCGCAGCCGGCAUCGUCUAGGUGCAGACGAGGGUGCGAAGCGAAGGACACGGCGAGGUUCUGA